AUGGACAAUGAAUACGAGUCAAUAAAUUUAGCAUCUACUCUCAAAAGUGAACUACCGAUUAAGUUACCAAAGAGGUACCAACAACAGAUACCUGUUUCAGAGAGUGAGAGUUAUGACGAUGACGAAUUUGAGCAUGACCCAGAGGAGUUUAUAACAGAUAAGCAUGCUGAUUUGGUGGAUGGACCACACUACGACAAGGAGUCUUUGCAUCUCAGCAAAGACCAAAGUAGUUUGCUAGCAGAUUCGAACAAUACAUUAAAUCCAAGCCUGUUGCAAUUGUCAAAGCUUGUGCUACCCCUGGCCCACCAAGACUUUACCGAGCCCAUGCAGUAUCUUUCAGAACGGAUAAAAUCUCUUGAAAGGAACCUAAUCGAGCAGAGAAAUCGUUAUAGUCUGCUGCUAAAAGAAGGGGAUUCAGAUUUGCUCCAGACUAGGUCAAAGAUUCAGCAAAUAUUUCAUCAAUUAUCUGAAUGUUACUUUUCCUUGAACGAACUAUACUUGAAGGAUGUGUCAUAUACAAAGUCUGUGAGCGCGUACUUUGAUGCUUGGAGCUUGAAGCGUGACAAAGUUUUGCAAAAGAUACAGAGAGCAAAAAGUGUGGAGAGUACGCAUGGGGCAAAACUUGCUGGGUUGUUGAAUGAAUCCACCAAGAUUGAUGAUGAAAUUAGGGAGCUUCAAAACCGCAUCGUGCAUUUGCAAGAAAAGAAGUCGAUUUUGAACAAAGAGAUAGAUGGGACCACAAGCGUGUUAGAAAGCCGAACUGCUAUUUGUGGGGAGAAUUUGCGUUACUUAGAACUGAAAGGAAAAGAAGUUUUAAUUGAUUAUCUAUCAAGCAAUGGGUUUCCUGGGUCCGAUCUAGCAAACUUGAUCAAAGAAAGAGCCGUUGACCUAGCAUUCACCAUGCCUGAAAAAGAAGAGGGCAAUGGGGAAUCUCAUCACUCAAUGGCCCAAAUUGUUUGCAACAAAGAUCCCGUCAAUGACACCAAGCUGGAGCCAUCGAUUGGAAUGAAGCCUUAUGAGCCGGCUCCCGAGACAACCACCAUCGACACCUCAUCCCAAACCAUCCCUUCUACACAAGACGAUUCACUAAGGAAUCAUGGACAUGGACCAACACCUUUCGAAAAAGGGUAUGCAACCGGCGCACAAAAUUCAAAGUUAGUCAAGAACCAAGUCCAAUCUAUCAUCCAAAAGGUACUUCUGCGCGUUCCAAAAAGAAGUGAAUCGCCACAACCGAAACUGAACCUUGGCUCCACUAUGACUUUAGAUGUGGAGCCUAUAACUACUUUCUUACGACUACGAAUAGACGGUUUGACCAAUCAAGUGUCUGGUACGGCAAAGAUGGCUGCAUUAUACCAUGAAUGUGAUAAACAAUGGUCUCGAAUUGGACAUAUAAUGUCUUUACAAGAAGAGCGGCUUGAAAAGGUUUUACAGGAGUCCAACUCUGCUGGUGAUAUUGAGCCAGUGCUACAUACAUUGACUCAAACUCGAGAUCAAUUGGAGCUGGCGGCAAGAUCAAUCUCUUUUCUGGAUCUGCGAGACAUAUUAACGCAGUUGGUCAAUAGUGAGAUCAAUGCGGUGAUUGACGCAAUAUCAAUCGUGAAACAACAAAAUGAAAGACAUCUGAAGCAGAGUUGA